UUACACCCUGUUUUCGUCUGUAUGGUCUAAAAACAAUAUUUGGUUGUACAUUUGUUUUAUAUUCUAACUAAAAUCAUGUCAGUUAUUAAAAACUUGAUUGAUGAACCUGAAAGAAGUGAAGAUGAUGCGAAGGACAAGGAGAAAAAUGAACCGCGUCCCAUUCUAAAAACAGCAACUGACCUGCAACGUUUAAAAUUGGAGAAAUUGAUGAAAAAUCCGGAGAAAGAAAUUAUUAUUCCAGAGAUGCGAAAAGAAAAAGAUUAUAUGAACUCCGUUCCUACAUUUGUGCGUAAUGUAAUGGGUUCUAGCGCUGGUGCAGGUUCUGGCGAAUUUCAUGUAUACAGACAUUUAAGGCGAAAGGAGUAUGCACGUCAAAAAACAAUACAAGCGAAGAGCAUGAAAGAACAGUUGGAUCAAGAAUACCAUGAAAAAUUAGAAAAUAACCGUCGUAUUGCAGAAGAAAAAACCGCUAAGAAACGUGCUAAACGUUUAAAGAAGAAAAAUAAUAAAAAAAAUAAAAAAAAUUCUUCACAUAGCACAGAAAAACAAACUCAACUCCCACCAGAAAUAAGUGAUGAUUCGAGCGACAAUGAGUCGAUACAAGGCGAAGAAAAUUUAACAAAUACAGAUAAGGUAGACUUAAGUUAUCCUAAUGAUUCCACUGACAUCAACGAAGAAAUGAAAGCAAAUGAUGAACUUCCUAAAUUGGACAAUUGAUCUCUCAAAUAUGAAAAUUAUGACGUUUUUAAGAAACCUUUUUUUUUUUUGAAAAUAAAACUUCAAUAACAACUGAAGUAGAGUUAAUAUAAGCGUUAGUAUUGUUAUUCCCAUAUGUACACUUAAAAAUAGAAUAAACAAAUCUUU